GAUAGUAGCAAGAUCAGAUUUCACUGCUCUCUGUUCGGACUGUGGACACCCAAAUUAACGUAGCUAACUGUAAGAAAGAUAUGGCCGCCAAAAACCCUAAGAAGGCCAAUCUGCUCGAUCACCACUCCAUCAAGCACAUCCUCGAUGAGUCCGUAUCCGAGGUUGUCACGACCCGCGGAUUUGUGGAAGAUGUGAGGAUGAGUAACAUAAGGCUGGUGCUGGGGCUGGUUAUCAUUAUUAUCGCUCUUUUUGCCCAGUUUUACAAUAAGAAGUUCCCUGAGAACAAGGACUUUCUUAUUGGUUGCAUCGCAUUAUAUGUAGUGUUCAAUGGGUUAUUGCAGUUGAUAAUAUACACAAAGGAAAAGAAUGCGAUCUUGUUUACUUAUCCUCCUGAGGGGUCCUUCACGAGUACUGGCUUGGUGGUCUCCUCAAAAUUGCCAAGAUUUUCUGAUUUGUACACACUUACAAUAGCCAGUUCAGAUCCCAAAUCAAUUUCAGCGGGGAAACAAGUAGAGUUCACCAAAAGCGUUACUCAGUGGUUUACUAAGGAUGGAAUUUUGGCGGAGGGCCUUUUCUGGAAAGAUGUUGAUGCACUAAUAGAUGAAUAUGCAGGAGAACCCAAAAAGAAGAAGUGAUUUUGAACGUCCUUUUUUUUUGGGUCAUUAGUUGGUCAGAAUAGCUGCAGCGGUUCUGCAACUUGAAUACUGAUGUUCAUUAAAAUUAUACUUCUUGAAUCUAAACUGCAAGUGAUUGAACAUUGAACUUAUGCUUUUCUUGGAAGAAAGUGAAAAUCUUACGUUGACUAAAUUUUUUUUA